UUUUUAUCUGUGCUUAAAGUAUAGUGAAGUAGUCUGUGAGAUCCAAAGUCGACCGUCCGUCACAUUCUGAGUCAUACAUAGAUAUUUUUUUUCAAUUAUUAAAUCUAUCGUCACUCUUGGCCUAAGAAUUUCGUCAUAGUUUGUUGUUCUUCCACUAUCGUUUGCUGCAUUGUAUAGUUAAUAACGGUGUUAAAGAAAUAGUGAAAUCAUGAGUCUGCAAUGGACAAUUAUCGCGACGUUUCUCUAUACCGAGAUCGCAGUCGUCCUCCUUUUAACUUUGCCGAUAGCCAGUCCGAGCAGAUGGCAGAAGUUCUUCAAAUCGAAAUUUCUAGCUUACAUAAGCGGGCAGGCAUCUAUUUAUUUUCUGAUUCUCAUUGGCGUGCUAGUAUUAUGUCUGCUAGAUGCAAUUCGUGAGAUGCAAAAAUAUUCAAAUAUUGAACCGUCAGACCACCAGCAUCUCGACGCCGAAAUGCAAGGUAACAUGAGAUUGUUUCGUGCACAGAGAAACUUCUACAUAUCUGGCUUUGCACUUUUCCUCCUUGUCGUCAUUCGUCGUUUGGUUCAAAUGAUUUCACAACUGGCUACAUUGUUAGCUCAGUCUGAGGCAAACUUCCGCCAAGCUCAGAGUGCUACCACUACUGCUAGAACUUUGUUAGAGAAGCAAGGCACUGGCGAGGAACAAAGCAAGAAAGAAAUAGAAGAUCUGAGGACCCAAAUUUUGAAUUUGGAAAAGGAACUUUCAAAAGAGAAGAAAGACAAAGAAGCUGUAAAAUCACAAGCUGAAGGUUUGAAUAAAGAGUAUGAUAGACUCGCUGAAGAGCACAGCAAGCUACAGAAAAAGCUAACAGUUUCUGGUGAAGGUGAUUCUAAGAAAGAUGAGUAAAUAUUAGACAUUACAGAAUGUAUGAGUCUGAUUUUGAUGAAACUAAAUGUUGUCUAUGCUGCUUCUAGUAUUACUGUGUUGAUCUAUUCUAAAAGUAUAUUAAUAUUAGUUUGUCACUUGCUAUUUAAAUGUUUUCAGAAAGUUGCAUUACACAUCUGGACUUUGGAAUCAGCUUAACCACAAACAUUACUGAUAAUGAAAUGAAAAAUAAAUUAACAAAUUUUCAUGUUCGUAGUUCAUUAAAAAGAAAAUCAAAAUUUCAACAUUGUUAUAUUGCUUAAAUUUUAUAUUUAGAAAUCCUUAAAAUUUCAAAAGUAAAUAGGUUAAGCCUUAAAAUAUAUUAUUGUUAGCUUUUUUAAUUUUUUAUUAUAAUUUUUAUUUUAAGCUGUUGUUUCUUAACUUUUAGGGUUUUUGGUGUCAAACAUGGAUUUGUGUAUGAAAAAUGUGAAUUGUAAGAGUGGAUCUAAUUUAAUAUUCCUUAAAUUGUGUUUUGUCAAUUAGGAAUAAUCAGAAUUUUAUAAUUUACUAGUAUUUUUAUUGGAAAUGAAAAUGAAUACAUGUUUUUAAUUGAAAGUGAACACCAAUGUUUUGUAGAAUAAUAAUGUUUAAAGAUAUUGCAUUUGUGAUUAAUUCUCACUUUCAAUUUAGAUGAAUUUGAAAACUGUAGCACAAUUUUCAUCCAAAUCAUUUUCAGAUUCUUAUUAACCACACAACUUCUCAAUUGGAAGUUGAGUUCUGUUAUUCAAGCCUGAGUUUUUUUUCUUUUCGGAACAGUAAUUGUUUGUUCUUAAUUGUAAUGUAAAAAAGGCACGAAUAACUUUGGAAUAGGACUGCUUAUUAUAAAAGUCUUGAAUUGUUUAUAUGCUGGUUUGAUUAAAUAAAAUACUUUUUUGAAAAACUGCA